UACAAGGCUCGUUUACAGGGCUAAACAAAAUGGCAGGCCUGCGAUCAGUGUGCGUAACGGUACGCACCACUGCUGCAGUUGCUGAGUCUACUUAUACACUCCACUGUAGCCAGGCCAUCCGUAGUGGUGCUUUGUAGUGCUGUUUAACUUUGUGUGCUUAAUUUAUUCGUGUUCGGCAUCAUCAACGCGAACUAGACAUGAAGCAGAAAACUGGAGUCAAACUUCCCAACGUACCAAAAAGAUUCCGGUGCACCGUGGCCAGUUGCUGUUCGAUGGAUGGACAGGCCAAGCUGUUUUCAUCUCAAAAGCUCCUUAACCAGCACUUCUUCAAGGUUCACGCCGAGAAGAAGUAUUCGUGUUCCAAAUGUGGGAAAAAAUUCGGAGCUGACUGGCUCUCCAAGCACCAUGAGGCUACUUGCGGAACUUCUUGGCUUUGCUCGUGCGGGGCGAGCUACCAGAACAGGGAGGCCCUGCUGACACAUGCGAGGCGGCGCUCUCACGCGCUGCCAUUUGAACGGAAGCGAGGCGAUGCGUGCAAGCAGAAGCCAGCCCAGAACCAGCCAUUGCAAACAAUUAUCCUGCCUGUGGCCACCCAAGUAAUUGUAGUCAUCCAGGGCCCAAAGGAGAAGAGUGCUGGUUCAAAGGACAAUCUUGUGCCAAACACUGCAAAAGUGCCUUCACAAUGGCGAAGCAUUGUUCCCAAGGCAAAUCCUCCAAGUGACCUGCCUUCUUGUGGACUAGACGCCAAUGCUGGGUGCUUAUCUGUAGGAAAAGUGCAUCAAAGUUCCCAAACCACUGUGUCGUGCAGAUGUAGGCGCACUAAGGAUUCGUGUAUUCAAGCUUGCAGCAGUGAAGGUUCUAGGAGAGAUGCAUCAGAGCUUGUAAAUCUUCCACCCAAGGCAUGCAAGCGCUCCAGAACGAUGAAGACGACUGUGCAGACACAGACCUGUGAACCUGACGUCCAGCUUAGGAGCGUGCAGCCCUUGCGGUCCAAAGGGGUGAGCAGGAAAACACAUCAUGGCUGCAGCAUCCACACACAGACAAUUGAAAGCGCUGUAGGCAGGGCCCAAAAGGCACGUGUGAAGCAUCCUAUUUUGAGGCCAGAGCCUGACAAGUUGGACAAGGAAAUCGCCACAAAUGAACUGUGGAGUGACCUUGAUCAGAUUCUCUUCAAUGGUUGUGCAGCUCCCACCAAGGAGUGGAUGGACCUUUUCCCCAGAAGUUCUUCUGCUACGCAAACACUUGAGUCUGAUGCAUUUCUGAAAGACCUAUGUAGUUCCUAUUCGCCUUCCCGCUCCCUGUUUUUGGAUGGACCAAGGCAAAACUUUGCUCAAAUGGGGCUCCCAGAUGUCCCACUUGAGCAACGUUUAAACAUAAUUUCACAAAAACCAGCUAUGUUGCCUGUUUUAGCUCCAAUCUGCGAGUCAGAGGUGACUAAUGGCUUGGAGGACAGUUUGCAGGAUGUCAGUCACAUCCUGUCAUCUGAGACACAGACAGACAAUCACUUUGAUAGCCUUCUCAUUGAAAACAUGCAACAAACUGCAGCUCAAACAGAUUUUCCAUCUUCUUCGCACACUGAGACGCAAACUAAUGAAGAUGAGAGCACAGAUGUCUUUGAGAGCACAGAUGUCUUGCAUAUGGAAACACAGACGUCUGGGUUCUUGUUUUGUGAUUUUGAAAGUGUAGAUAUUCAGACGCAAACACCGUGGGAUCACAUUGAUUUUAGUUUAGAUGAUUUUGUGGUAGAGCCAAGUUUUACACAGAAAAAAGAUGCAGAAUCUCAGAUAGAGGCCCAUCAAUUUCUCCGCCCAUGGCCUUGCCUGAAAAUACCAGAUGGGGAGGGUUUUAAAGACUGCAACAACAUGCAGACUCAGACUAGUGGGCUGAUUUAAUUUAAUAAUUUAUAUUGCAUUCAGCUAACUGUCACGCUAAUCUUGUCCUUCGGUGUCUCGUAGGCACGAAGCGGUAUAUUCCUUCUGGGAGGAGUUCGGUUGUAAGGCAAAGCCAAGCAGUGGCUUGAACAAACAUUUCCUUAGCCUUUAGGGCAUAUAGAGGCCGAGGUCUGUCGCGCGUUCGUGGUUGAGCUGGUUAAGGGGAAAUAAUUCCACAUAACGUCGACCAGACUCCUAAGGCCCCACCUCCUAUAUCCACGCUGUGUGAAUGCCAUUUUGCAUUGUCGCACUUUGCUUUGCCAAACGCAUUUAAAGCACUAGUCGUCUACGUCAAGCACUGGCGAUUCUAGGUGCACACCACAAACCUCUGCUGCCUCCAUUGCCUACUGUGAUACACAGACGUAGCCAAUAGAUUCCAGUAGGCUGCCAAACGCCCGCGAAGUAUAUUGACCAUUGUUCAAUUAUGUAGAUUAUUGAUGGUGACCACAUGGGUUUUUACAAACUACUACUUUCGCUCUGUGAAAGGACUUGCAAAAUUUUACAUGCACAAAAAUGGGAGGCAGCAGUGACCUUCCACUUUACUUUUCAGUGAUCGAUAGUUUUAACAGUUACUUUUGAUUAGGAAAAAAAAGGGGGGAGAGUCAGUUGAGGGCACAUAGGAGCUUUAUGCACGAGGCGUGAUUCUUGUGUAUUUGAACGCGUGAAAAAAUCUUAUUCCUAUAUCUCAGUACAAGAUAAACAUUUCUGUCAGGCACGUAGGUGCGACUAGGACUCUUUCUUAGUGUGUAAGCGGUACUGUAGCCUCCCGUCCAGACGAAAGGGUAUAAAUACACCUUUGGAGAAGAAAGCCCAAUGGAGUGUCGCCAUUUUCGUGACUUGACUGGCGCACUCUGCUGCUUGUAUUGAAAAAGGAAGCAGGUGCAGGAUGUUGCCACAGAGCAAAACAAAGCUUCAGCAUAUCUUUGCAUACUCUUAGCAUACAUCAAGAACAGCAUCAUCUGCUGUCCCAGUGCCCGCUAGUUUUCUCACUUCCUGCAUGUUGUACCUCAAUAGCUUUUUUCUCCUACCUGCAAGGAUUCUUCUAAAGUUUCCCCUACAUGCGCCAAAUACAUGGACUGAUGCGACAAAGCAGGAAUCACUUUUGAACAGCUGGCAUUGCAAAAGCAGUUCCCAGCAACAUCAUGAAGAGGUUGUUCAUCAGGUGUGCAAGCUAUGCUUGCGCCUCUUGAAGUGUUUGUCAUGCCGCUGCUGAGCGCGAGGGCGCAGGUUCGAUAUGUGACCGUGGCACGCGACACUUUGCUGGGGCGAAAUGCAAGAACGAUUAUUUGCUGUAGCGUUAACCCUUUGCGGUCCGUUGUUGGGCAGGGCCUCCGUUGUCGGGCAGGGCAACGCAACAUGGCCGUAGCGGUCCGCUGUUGGGCACCACCCGACAAGGGUGUUUGGAGGUUAAAUUUCGCGGUUUUUCUCACUGCAAUUCGUGCGUAUUCUUUGUAUACAUGAUGCGCCAUCUCUUGAGGGAUAAGUAAACUUUGUUUGUUGAAGUUUACUUCUUUUUGCACUAGGGUGCAGCACAAUGUUCCAGAGCGUUCUCACUUGCGCACGGAACCGCAUGUUUGCACGGUUCGCUGAGAAGCAUGACCACUUUUUCACUGCGUGCAUUUUACGGUGGUGCGUUUAGGUGGCGCGUUUUACGGUUAGUGAAAGCAAUGAUGACUUCAGUGAGGAAGAGAAUUACGUGCCUCCAUCAGAUAGUGAUGACAGUGGUUCGACAAAAGCGAGUGACGAAAACGACGGCGGUGGUGGAGACAGCACCUCUGUUGACACACAAGGGAACAAUGCGCGACCACGUGCUGUGGACUGGAAGGGGUAUGCGGAUAGUGUGCCUGAUUUCACUCAGUUUCCAUUCACUGUCACGAACGCAGGAUCACAGGUAAGCGCUUACAAUCUCAACUGUGAGCUGGAUUAUUUUCGGCUGUUUUGUACAGACAAGCUGAUGGACAAUAUUGUGUGCGAAACAAACGGCUAUGCACGUGA